GACCCAAACAAAGCCUCAGCACCGGGAGGCUUUACUUCUCCACCAAUCUAUGGUUUGUGAUGAGAAACGCGGGUGAUAUUCCCACAAGUCGAAAAUGAAAGCAGCCCCUGCGUAUGCAGACGACGUCCGAUAUCAACAGCAUUUUGAAAUAUUUCAAGCGGCUUUCUGGCAGAAAACCCCUUUCAAAGGCCCGCCAACCCCUGAAAUCCUUGAAAAAUGGGAACACAUCACAACUCACCCCGUUUUGAAUCUUACCGCAGAAGAAGUCACCAGCCAGGGUCUUUCUAUAGACUCAGCGCAGUAUCCCAAAUCACUUGGCGGAGGAUACAUGGGCUACGUCGAAUCAUCGCACCAACUGCACUGCCUCCACACCCUCUGGGCCACCAAACACCUGAUCAAGUACCCAGAGCUCUUCCCAAACAUGCUUGCGAAGCAACAGGAGGACCCUGAGCUCGAAGAUGCGCACUUCGAGCACUGCGUCGAUGUAGUGCGGCAAAGAUUGAUGUGCACCGCGGACCCGGCCAUCGUCACGUUCCAGUGGAUCAUGGGUUUGCCUAGACCGUACCCCAACUUCCACACUGGACACAUGUGCACGGAUUAUGGUGCAUUGAGGGACUGGACGGAUCGGAGGGCGGCCGACUUGGAUAAAUUGGAGGGCUAG